AUGGGGUUUCCAGAUAAGCCAUCUGCUCAUCUUUUGGGCGCCAAUGGCCCGGUCCAUGCCCUUGCAUACUCCGCCUCCCCAGGCACCUACAUCCUCACCGGUUCUGCGGACCGAUCCAUCCGCCUCUACAACCCGUUUCCCAGCACAUCUGGUCCCGGUGAUCGUCACAGCGUUGUUCCUCAGGGUCGACUGAUUCAGACUUAUGCCGCUCACGGCUAUGAAGUCUUGAGCCUCUCUGUCGCUGCCGACAAUGAACGGUUUGUGUCGGCUGGUGGUGAUCGCAGCGUGUUUCUUUGGGACGUGAGUACUGCUGUUACCACCAAGCGAUUUGGUGGUAACGUUCAUGGCCAUACGGCUCGUAUUAAUUGUGUGAGCUUUGCCGGAGAAGGUGAUUCUAUUAUCGUCAGCGCAGGCUUUGACACUACGGUGAGAUUGUGGGAUACCAAGAGCAACAGCUUCAAGCCUAUACAGGUUCUCGACGAUGCCAACGAUGCCGUAACAUGCCUCGUCAUCCGUGGCCCUGAAGUCCUCGCAGGGAGUGUCGAUGGCCGUGUACGCAGCUACGAUAUUCGCAUGGGAAAAGUCACAACCGAUGUGAUAGGCGCACCCGUCACGAGUCUCAGUCUCACCCGCGACGGACGCACCAUGUUGGUCGGAAGUCUCGACAACAAACUCCGUCUAAUGGACCGCGACAACGGCUCCUGUCUACACGCAUACACCGACCCAGGAUGGAAGAACGAAGAUGUCAAGCUGCAGGCGCUGCUGGGCGGCAAAGAGAAGUACGUAGUGGUUGGCGAUGCCAUGGCCGGUGAGCCUGCACCUAACGGUCAUGGAAGGAUAUGGGCUUGGGAUUUGUUGACGGGAAAGUUGGCGGCUAAGGUAACGGUUCCUUGGGGGCCAGAAGGGUUUGAACCAAAGAAGAAGGCCGUUGGCCGGGAUGGAAAGGAGAAGGCGAGGAGUAAUGUUGUGAGUUGUAUGGCGUGGAGGGAGGAUGGUUGGGGAGAUCAGUUCUGCGUUGGUGGAACAUCAGGCGUGGUGACUGUCUAUGGAGCCUUGUAG